GUCAAAGCUUUUAAUGCAUUUCUGCUUACGUACUGAGAAGCGAUUUCUUUUGCAGACCGAUAAACCCGAUGUUAUGUCGCUAGUUAAGGUAAAUUUUAUUUCAGUUUAACUUUACUAAACAUAAUUCUAAUGGUAUUAUUCUCAUUUUACCCACCUUCCUCAAAUUCUCCUUUUCAUAUGGUACUCUUUGCACAGCUUCAAUUGGCAAAACGCUAACGAUAUCACUUUAAGGGAAAUAUUUACGUUCUUCCCUUUCCCCCAGUACUUUUGACUAUUACUUCUAGGUACACUUUAUCAUUUCUUUCCCAAAACUUUCAGAAACUUCAUGUGAUAAACCCAUGAUUUUUCAGUUUAAAUUUUAUGUUAUUUUAAGUUUCAAUCGUGGAUGACAUCGUUAGUCUUAAGCUUCGAUAAAUGCUGGUGUUGUGUUGACUCAGGCACUUGUGGGAACCCUCUCCUGUACCUGUUAUCUGAUUAAUAAUGGUAAUAGGACCGAGUGGAGUCCAAUUCGGUCUGUAACCAUACGAGUUAUUAACAAAAUUGGACGACCACGAAGCGGGAGUCCGAUUUGAGUUAUCACCAAUCGGGCGAAUUGUAGUGCACACCUGUCAGUAACUAUGACGUCACUCGCAGUGAAAAACUAGCAUAGGAAACAACAUGAUUUUGAGUGCUGUUUUAAAAAUUCCCCCAUCUCUAAGCAUAAUUCUGUAAAAUAUCAGUCACUCGAAAGGACCAUAUUUCUGGUCGAAUGUUAUUUGCAGUGAAAUGAUUUGCCGAAUUGGUCUACGGAUGGUUCUUCUCGUUGCAUCUUUAUUUAUCGUCCACCUGCUGUCUGUAACAACCGCUGAACCGUGUGGAACGGGAUAUUCCAUUUUCGGCAUGAUGUUAACGAGACACAGUUUUAAGACGAUGAAAACGUCUAGCGCAAUGGAGUGUUUACAUGCUUGUAGGGAUGACGUGAGGUGUCAGAGCCUGAACUACGUAAUCGGGGAAGAUAGCUGUGAGUUGAAUGACCGCACCAAUAAGGCCAAACCUGAGCAUUUUGUGCCAGAUUCAUUCCGAUAUCAUCUUACACGAGACAAGAAUAGGGGUGAGUUAUUGCUUUUUGUUUUUAACAUACUCCAGAAACUACAGUCGACUUAACUACAAAAAGAGAAAGAACCGUUGGCGUAUUCCAUGGUAUCACAUGGACCCAUAUGCCAGCAAGGCACUCGAGUAGAAGACCGGGUCCCUGUGCAUAUCUUGGCGCGGAACAGCAGUUCAUCAUAAAAGCUUUUUGUAUCAUUUUACAUACCAUGCAAAAUGUAGGCUUUUUCCUCUCCCUGUUAUUUUUCUUUGAACACUUUCUUUAGGAGGGCCUAAUUGAGGUGAUGGUUUUUUUACGGUUGAAAGUUACAAAUUUUAGCAAUUUCUUUUUUCCGUUAUGGUUUAAUACAAAACUUUAACGGCUGUCUCUCCUACGACAACUGCUAAAAUUUACUGGUUUUUUAUCCCUAACGGCUGAAUUGUUUUUGCUGUGUUACUGCUAAUGGUUAAACCAAUUGAGACCCUCAUUUAGAGACAUUAUUCUUCAUCCUUAGGGAGCCAGCCAAUUCCUUUUUUUAAUUCUGAUCCUCUGUUGUUUUCUUCCAGUCCCUCUCGGUUCCAUACGUGAGCUGCCUGCGGAGACAUGUAGAGAAAUCAAGUUGAGGGAAGGUCACGUAAUCAGUGGCAACUAUUGGUUGAAUUCGAUUGUUAAUGGAAAAUCCCUACUUGCUCAGUGUGAUAUGGAGACAGAAGGUAAGUUUAGCUGUAUUGAAACCUCUCGUUUUAGGCAACUGUUUUUGGGGGAGUGGGGGGUAAGUUUAUGAAACUAUUGAGCUACGUCAGUGGGAGAGUAUAACAAGGUAAUUUAGCCGUCGUUAGAGCGAAUGACCAAGGGCUAACGCUCUAAACGUUAGCUUUGAAGAAAAAGUAAAAUUGAAUGAAAAGGUGAUGCUACCAUAACCUUUGAAUCUGUAUCGAAGUCUCAGAGGUGUUUCAUGAAUAAACUUGCGAAUGUGGAACUUUCAUUCUGAGAGCGUACUUUUUUAAAAUAUAAAAUGCUACGUCUAUGAUUUUUUCCCAAUUUGCCUCAUCAGAUGUUGACGAGUGUGGUGCUGACGUCCAGAUUUGUGGCUCUAAUGCAAACUGCACAAAUACCAACGGCUCUUAUUACUGUUCCUGUCAUUCUGGUUUCACUAGAGGUGGCAAAGAAUGUGUAGGUAAGGACAUUAUGUAUAGAUUACUUUUGAAAUUACUUAUUCUUUUUGUGUGGGACACACAGAAGGCCUCUUGUUAGAGAACUUUGCUAAUUUUUAUAAACUGCUCGUCGUACAAGUUCACUUCAUGUUCAGUACUUGUUCGUCAUCUCUCCCUCAGAUUUCUUCCACCAUGUUCCUCUUGAUCGACUUCCUUACAGACUAUCAGUAGUCUAUCCGAGGACAACUCUCGACAGGGCUGUUGAUGUUCUAUAGAGUACAUCAUCUGCCCAUUGAUAUUUCUUUUGUCAUAUUUUGUUAGUCAGCUCUUUAUUUUAGACAUAUGACUUUCAUCAUCUACAGUAGCGUCCCUUUUUUCCUAUUUCUCGUUAAAUAGGCAUCAAGUAGUCUUCAUAUACAAGGCUGAUAAUCCAAUACUGUAACAACCCAGAGCCAUAUUUUCUUCUCAAGGCAAAUACAAAGUCGAACUCUAUUUAUGAGAGAUAAAAUUUUUACCUCCUAAUAAUGUUGGUAUUCUGUGAUCAAACAUAAUGUUUGAGGCAAGCUUACCACCACUCCAGACGUAACUGUCAUGGCUAAGAACAGUUUUUGUAUCCAUGUGGAUGUUUGAUAUUUUUAAAAACCGCACAAAUGAUAAAAUUGUUUCAUAGCUAAGAUAAGCAAAGUCACAUAGUUUUUUUUUUCCAGAUGACAAAUAUCUAAAAUCAAUUCCGAAGGAACUUCUUUUGUAUCCCUUAAGGAAAAUAGUCUUUCUGCGGAUUGGACUUUUUAAAACCAGUUUUAUCUUAGUUCCCUUGUUUUGCAUUAGGAGAUGAUAAAAAUUGUUUACCUAGAGAAGACUACUCCAUGAACUGUUCAGUGUGAACAGAUAACUUUUUAUAUUUCCCAGAUAUAGAUGAAUGCACAGCUGGUAUUCACACUUGCCUUCGUGGAACAGCCACGUGCAUUAACACUAUUGGUUCGUACAACUGUUCUUGUAACCUUGGUUACGUAGGGGAU